GUGUGUGUGUGUGUGUGUAUGUAUGACUUGUACCACCACUCUGUAAUAUUUGUGCUAUAUAUAUUCACUCAAUUCACUCAAAGUGAAUUAAAAAAAACUAAAUGCUGAACCUUGAUGUUAUCUUUUCUUUCUUUCUUCCUUUCUUUAGUUAAAAAAUCUUAAGAUCAACUGGGAUAUGAACAUUAAAUGAAAUUCUGAUCUGCUCCUUAUUGGAAUGGGUGAAGUUUAAUAUGAGGAUGUUUAGUCUAAAAUUCAGGGAAAUAAUUAACACAAAAUUAUAUGAUAAUAGCACAGUAGUCAUUAGGGCCUACUAUCAGAGGUCUGUACUUCUCCUCUAAUCCUGCACUUUAGAAAAAUCUUUUAGUCCAAUUACAUGGGGAUGACUAAAAUUCUACAUGCCAAUGCCAUGAUGAGGCAACUGUGUUCUCGAGAAAUCUAGAAAGGGUUUUUUUCUGAUUGUUAGUCUAUAAUGGAAGCACGUCAGAGCUGCAGUAAUAAAUAGAGAUGGGGAGGUUGAGAGAGAUUCAUCUUCAGACCACUGCAGCCUGCAACAGCAGACACAUAUUUAUGAUGAUGCUCUUCCCGCUCCUCUCGCUGAUGCUGCUGUCAGUGUGCACCGCUGGUGUCGGCAGCGUCGCAGCGCCGGUCCUCACCUUCAAACAGACCGACCCGGUCACCGGGAUGCAGCUGGAGUGCGAUCGCUGCCCGCCCGGUACUUUCCUGCGCACACGCUGCACGUCGACGCACAAGAGCGAGUGCGCGCCGUGUCCGAAGGGCUCGUUCACGGAGCUGUGGAACCACAUCGAAAAGUGCCUGCGUUGCGACGUGUGUGGCCACAACCAGGUAGUGAAAGCGGCUUGUUCCGCUGACAGCAACUGCCAGUGCGAAUGUAAACAGGGAUACUACUACAAGACCAAGUACGAAAUGUGCAUCCGCCACAGCGAGUGUCCGUCCGGACAGGGAGUGCUGAGCAUAGGUACGGCUAACGCGGACACAGUCUGCCACAUUUGUCCCGAUGGCACCUACUCCGAGGACGUCUCUGCUGUGCUGAGCUGCGCAGAGCACAUGAGCUGCGAUGCUGCGGGGCUGGUGGUGGCGCUGAAGGGCUCCAGCUGGCACGACAGCGUGUGCGUGAGCUGCGGAGACCUCAGAGCCACAGACGGUGCCAACUACCUCAAAGAUAUCAUCCCGGCAUUCUUCCUCCACCACAAAAUGUCCAUCAAGCGGCUGCGUCGUCUCGUGCACAACCUGCCCUCCGAGGAUGGCAAAAAACAGGAAGGAACCUCAACACUCAGCUUCUCAGAUGCUAAUGUGCGGAUCAACAUGUGGGUUGCUUCUGCCACGGCAAAGCAGAUUCGGCAGCUUCCAGCAAUACUGAUGAAAGUAGGAGCAAACAACAUUGGGGAGAGACUACAGAAUAAGCUGCACAGAAUCGACUCUAAUCUGAAGGAGCUGUGCACUUUUGGGAAUGAGGUUGUAAUUAUAGUGUCAGAGUAGGACAAGGUAGAAAGUGUCUUGUUAUAGCAACCAAAGAGUUUGACUGGUCCAGUGUUCAUUUUUGUGUAGUUCAAAAAUUGAUGUUUGAGAUGCACUGUUAAUACAGGCUUUAGUACUUUUUGCAUUAGUUAAAGGAGAAUACCAGUCAUUGAGAGGAAAAGUUCAUUUAUUUCUAUCUGCAUCUACUUAAUACUAACACUCCUCCUGUCUCAGAGCCUCCAGUUUUUAUUUUUUUCCUCAAAAAAUGGACCAAACAAUCUAAACUUCAUGGAUUUGCUGAACUUGAAAUUACCUGCUGUCCUGUGUAACAAAACAAAAUUAUAAAUACAUCUUAUUGGAAACUAUGCAAUGAAACAAAUGUUUUGGAGGACACUUCAUUUCAGGUGAGGUGAUUACCAGGAAGUAUCGUACCUGACGUUUCAGUGCCUAAUUGUAUUAGUACUAACCGCAACAAGUGAUGUACUCCAAAGCACAAAAUUCUUGUAUUUCAUUUCUGUGAGUGAAAACAGACAGAGAACCUGCACAACUGACACUCAAAAUUAAAUUUUGAAAACCACCGGUAUUACCCUUUAAAAUAUAAAAAGUGUUGGCCUAUA